CUUCGUACGUACGGCUGGACUGCCCUCAGGUACCUCACGGCUUCUGCGUCUCUUCUCCUUCUGCUUCUGCUUCUGCUUCUGGGCCUUUUCUGGGAUACCUUACGUGGUAUGGGGUCCGGAGCAACCUGAACAAUGUGGCAACGGCAUUAGCGAGACUUCUUUUCUUGCAAGGAAGCAAGCAGUACGCAGCACGGAGUACUGUAAAUGGUAGCGAAUGCAGCUAGGGGGCGACAGCAAUAGCGGAACAAGAAUCUGGUUUUUCCUUCCAUCCUGUCCGCCCAUGUUCUAUUCCUUCUCCUUCGUCAUUCGCCGUUCUUGCCUAUGCAUAAUCCGUUUUUUGCUCUUCCGGUAUUGUCGACAUUUGGUGCCAAGGGCGUCCAAUUCAAUAAUUGCCCAUACCGUAGACGGCGCAGGGGGCACUUUCAGUGCAAGGGGGAAGUAUGUUGGCGAGCAACAGCGGGGGAUGCUCAAAAAUAUUCCUCGGGCGAUAAUAUGCUGUUAGGAGGCUUGCUCACUUACAGAGUUGAAGGUGUCGGUGAUGCUCUUUCUCAGGUAUCUUUUGCAAUGUUUCCCUCUUCUUUUUGUCUAUACAAAGCAGUUCACUUUCUCUUUUUUUCUGAGUCUCUUCGGGAUCAAGUCCGGGCGCGAAAGCUCAAACCAAAUGGUGACCGCGGUGAUGGGCGCACGAGUGGCGGGCGCACGUGGGGAAUGCAGGUAGCAAAAUCGCACAAGUGUCGAUCAGGUCGUCGUUCUCGUCUCUCGUUCGCUGCCGCGGUGAAGCUGAGGAUGCCGCUGGAGGGUGGAUGCACAACAACACCUUUGGACGUGAAUGUGAGAUUUGGGGGUAAGAGAGAGAGAUAUACUCAGAAUCGAUUCGGGCUAAAAAUGCGAGGAAACGAAGAGUCAAGCAAUACACAGGAGCAAUACUCCCGUACUUGAUGGGGGAAAGUGCUUUUCAAUAAUUCCCAGAAGGCGCGAUUGAGUGGGAGAGAAAAGGUACCUCGCGGGGGAAAGACAUACAGUAG